AAAAAAUAUUUUUAAAAGCCCCUUUAAGAGUGCAGUUGUAUAAGGAUAGAAUGGAAGGGGUAUGUUUGCCCCCGGAACCCGUAAUUACGCAAUGGGGGACAUGGAUUAAAGCAGCUAUAUUCUAUGCAGAAAAAUUUGAAGCAAUUAAGGAAUUAAUUUUGAAUUUAGAAGACAAUUCACAAUGUGUAGUGCAAAGCAAAGAAUUGUUAAAAAAUCCCCUUGUGCCUAAGCAACUUGUAUUUAUAAAGUGGAUGUAUAUAGCUAUAAUUCCUUACGGGGCUACAACCUGGAGUACCAGAACUAGUUUAGCUUCAACGAAAGCUAAUAAUAUCUCAAAAGUACAAAGACCAGCUUAUGUUUGCAUCACCGGUGUAAUGAGAACCUGUCUUUCGGCUGCAAUUUACGUGAUAUUAAAGCGCACCCCUCUACAGUUAAUGAUAGAGAUUGUUGCAAAAAGGACACGAUAUAAAAUGAUCAGGAACGGAGUAAUCAAACGAAAGUCUACUAGCUUCAGAACCAAAGAAAAAGAAAUGGAACUGGAAGUCUAUGGGCCUAGAACCAGGAAUUUUGAAAAUACCCAAUCAAUAACAGGCUACGCAUUGCAACAGGGAUCAUUACCAGGCAUUGCUAACUCGAUGGCUACCUUAGUAAACUGUGAGUGCAGAUUCUGCGAGGACAAAACCUCCAUUCACGUAUUGACUGAAUGUGUAGCACUCCAGAAUAAAAGGGAACUAUACCUAGGAUAUCAAAUAGAAGAGGGAGAUUUACCUAAUUUGAAACCACUCCAAAUCCUACAUUUCUUUUAG